AUGCCUCAAGGCUGUCUCCUUCGCGCCAGACCUGCGCCGCGCGGGAGCUGUGCGAGAGCUCGAGGGGGCUCCCAGCGUGCUGCCGGGCUGCCGGGCUGCCUGCCGUGCGAGUGCGAGGCUGUGUCGUCGGCGGUGUGGGGGUCGGCGAAUGGCGAGGGGAUGCGCGGCGCGAAGAGCGUCGGUCGCGGCGACGGGUGGGUGGACGGUGGAGGCGCUGGGUCGCUCGCUGGGCAGGUGAGACGGGCCUGGCGGUGCUGUGGCAGACCAGCUGCGGCGGGCGGCGGGCGGCGGGCGUGUGGUAUGUAUGCGGCGCGUCUGCCAGAGAGAGACGCAGCGAGACAGAGCGAGACACGGCGAGACAGAGCAAGACACAGCGCGACAGAGCAAGACACAGCGAGACAGAGCAAGACACAGCGAGACAGAGCAAGACAGGUCGCCGACACUCUUGUCCCAGGGCGACGACAUGGGCUGCCUGCGCGUAACAGCUGUCGCGCCCCACAGAGGGCAAGGAAAGCCGCGCCCUGCCCGCCGUCCGCCGCGCUGAUUGGGCCGCAGCGGUGCAGCCGGGCGCUUACCGCUCGAUCCCUUGUCCCAAAACGCUCUCGACGGCUGCGCGAUCUGCUCUCCAUCACAUCCAGCAGCACGGCGCUGGCACGGGCGGCGAGACGGGCGGGCGUUGCUGGACUCGGCGUGCACCUGCCGACGAAGCGGUUCGCAGCGGUGGACUCAGUCUCUCGCUCGAGAGCAGGCCAGCAGUCUGCCUCUGCGGCACCUGCUCGCCUCGCCCUCGUUCUCAAGCCCCUCCACUCACGCCCACCAGGCUGCCUGCAGCUGGCAGCGAACUGUGCACGUCCGCCUGCUGGGGGGGCCCAAGGGCUGAGCCAGUCCGCGACAUGCCUGCGCACAGCGCGCUAA